UUACGAACCAGUUGUUGUGAAUCCUUGAAGGUUUUGCUAUUGACGAAUCAAUGCCAAUCAAGACCUGGUUCUCGAACAUUUUAGGAUUUAUGUGUUGUAGCUACCGUCUGUAUGUAAUGGAAGACGGUAUAGAAGACUGUAUAGGAUGUCUGUGACUGACACAACGGAAAAUGGAAUUAGACUUAGGAAAUCUUUUUUUAAAUAGGUAUGUUAGGUGAAUAAGACUUUUUAUUAGCUAGCUACGUUGCUGUUAUGGCAGACCCUUGGAAAGAGUGCAUGGACCACUGCCUUGAAGUGACCAAACAGGCUGGGAAGAUGAUACGAGAUGCACUGCAGAAGGACAUUGCCAUCAUGCAGAAGAGUUCUCCAGUGGACCUUGUUACUGAGACAGACCUAAAGGUGGAGCAACUAAUUAUUUCCUCCAUUAGGAAGAAGUACACCACACACAGUUUCAUUGGUGAGGAGUCAGUAGCAGCAGGAGCCCCUAGCAUCCUAACUGAUAAUCCCACUUGGAUUAUUGACCCCAUCGAUGGAACCACCAAUUUUGUCCACAGAUUCCCAUUUGUGUCUGUGUCGAUUGGCUUUGCUGUGAAGAAAGAGAUUGAGUUUGGCAUUGUCUACAGUUGCCAAGAGGACAAGCUAUAUACAGCACGGAAGGGGAAUGGGGCAUUUUGCAACGGCGAACCCAUCAAAGUAUCUGGCCAGGAAGACAUCACCAAGUCCUUGGUGCUGACAGAGAUGGGCUUAAAGAAGGAUCCAGAGCACUUCAAAACCAUGAUGAGCAACAUCGAGACAAUCCUGACCAUCCCUGUACAUGGGAUCCGUUCGCCUGGCAGUGCAGCAGUCAAUAUGUGCCUUGUGGCUUGUGGGGCAGCUGACGCUUACUACCACAUGGGCAUCCACUGCUGGGACAUGGCUGGAGGAGCUGUAAUUGUUAAAGAGGCAGGCGGUGUCAUCAUGGACAUUUCUGGAGGCCCCUUUGACCUGAUGUCCAGGAGGCUGAUUAUUGCCAGCAGUAGAACCAUUGCAGAUCACCUCACCCAGGUGAUCAAAGAAUUCCCUGUAGGAAGGGACGACUCCGAGGGCUAAAGUACCAUUACGUGCCUGCAACCACACACCGCAGUGAGAUGGGCUGUUUUAGGUGUACAGACUCUAGUUUACUGUACUGUCAGUUAGUAGGGGUACUGAAGCGACACAUUGUGGGCUACUAAUUAUUUGCUUACUAUAAAAGACUUAAACGCUGUUAAACUCUGCUGUAUUCAAGUUCCUAAUCGUGAGUUUCAGAAAGAACCCAGAGAUAACCCCUCACUUUCCAUAGAUAAUUUUGUAAUGAAGUUAAUUGUUUGUCCACUUACAGUAAAAAUGCUGUAGAUGUUAUGUCUGUUGAGGUAACUGUCAAAAUAAAAGAAACCCCAACACUGAAUUAAGUGUUCAGAACAGCUUUGUGGAUUAGCGUAGACAUUCUCAUUUAUAGAAAAAUCUGGAAUUCAACUGGAGUGUUCCACCAUUGAUUUUCAAAAUAAUUCUAUAUUAUGAUGUUUUUUGUUAAUGGUGAUGGAAAACAAUGGUAGAAACUAUUGCUCAUAUAGUUUGAAAUCUGGUGACUGCCAGGUCCAUGGCAUAUUUUGAAACAUAAACAAGUGGAGUAAUUUGAUGAAUUUCAUAAGUUCCUCCUAAACAAUUGCCCCAGUAAUUAAACUUCUUUCAUAGUCCCUAAUGUUUUUUCAAAAUAUUGGGCAACUGGACAUGUCCCUGUCAUUGUAUACAUAACUCUAAGCUGUUGGGAUGUUAAUUCCGCAUCUGUGUGGAAACAUCGGUUUACAUUUUUUGUAUACCUCAUUAUAUUCUUUGUAUACCUGAUUCCUUUAUAUUGAUAGUUAUCCAUAUUUAUUAUAUAUGUUUAUUAGUCUCUAUUUAAAGUAUGGGUGUAAAUAUUUGACCUUGAACAGCAUUGUGCAAUAACAUUUUGUUGAGAUAUUUAGGGUAUCAACAUUUUGUCUUAUAAUCAUUUUGGAAUGAUAAUGGUUGGUUUUUUGAGAACCCAUUGAUAAAGUGAAGGUCUGAAUACAAAUUGCUACACAAUGAUAUUGCCACACAAAUAAAACAAACUUUUUGGGCUUCUUAUGCUUAAAAUUUUGGAUCAUUUUAUUGAUAAUUAAAGUUUAAACAGUUACCGCGGUAGUAUUUGGUUGUAGUCUUUGCAAGUCUUUGGGGUAUUUACCUUUGGGAUGCUGCUUGUGUGUACGCUCAUCACUACGGCCUCUCCCUCAUCUCUCUAAGCUCUAGCAGCUUGGCCUCCUCUGCUGUUACAGACUGGGAACAGAACUUACCAAUAGAGUUGUUCAGAGCAAAAAUUUGUUCAGACUUUUAUUGACAGAGAGAUGUGUCCUUGCAACUGAAAUAAAAAAAUAUCUUCACAAUCACAGAUAAUAAUAAAAAAAAAUGUUACUCCUUACUAUGAAAGGUACCGAAGAGUUAGUGUUAAGUU